AUGGCAAACUUCCUACCAUCGAAUUACUUAUUUUUACUACUGUUGAUAUUAAUACUUGGUGAUCGAAUCAGUACUAUUCCAAUUGACAACGGUGUUGAGGGUGAGCCUGAAAUCGAAUGUGGCCCAGCAUCAGUUACUGUUAAUUUCAAUACGAGGAAUUCAUUUGAAGGACAUGUCUAUGUGAAGGGUCUAUACGAUCAACAAGAUUGCCGAUCAGAUGCAGGCGGUCGUCAGGUAGCAGGAAUAGAAAUUUUGUUUGGUACGUGCAAUGUGGUACGGACGAGAUCUGUAAAUCCACGUGGUAUCUUCGUCACAAUCACUGUUGUCAUCUCGUUUCAUCCACUCUUCAUUACCAAAAUUGAUCGUGCGUACCGCAUAGAGUGCUUUUAUAUGGAAGCUGAUAAAACCGUGAGCAGCCAAAUUGAAGUCUCUGAAAUUACCACUGCUUUCCAAACUCAAUUGAUUCCAAUGCCCAUUUGUCGAUAUGAGCUUUUGGAUGGUGGCCCAACUGGACAACCGAUUCAAUUCGCAACGGUCGGUCAACCAAUAUAUCACAAGUGGACUUGUGAUUCAGAAACUGUGGAUACAUUUUGCACAUUGGUACAUUCAUGUUUCGUUGACGAUGGUAACGGUGAUACGGUACAAAUAUUAAACGAUGAAGGCUGUGCUUUGGAUAAAUACCUACUGAAUAACUUAGAAUAUCCAACCGAUCUAAUGGCUGGACAAGAAGCCCACGUAUAUAAGUAUGCCGAUCGAUCACAACUUUUCUAUCAAUGUCAAAUAACAAUCACUAUCAAAGAACCAAAUGCUGAUUGUGAACGACCGAAAUGUCCAGAACCAGUAGGAUUCGGUGCAAUCAAACAAAGUAGCAGGACAAGUCGUGCAACACUAAAUGCAUCAGAAACAUCCGCAUCACAUAUGAGAUUAUUGAAAAAGAGAGCUGCUAAUUAUGACAAUACGGUAGAUGUCAGGACUGAUAUCAACACACUGGAUAUCAUUGAUGAGAGCACAAUACUACUAGAAGAUUUGCGGUAUCGGACGCGAUUACACGAGUACGAUGAUCGUGAUCGUGAUGUUGUUUGCAUGUCACCUGCGACAUUCUAUCUACUUAUUGCAGUUAGUGCACUAAUAAUGGCUACAUUCAUCGUAUAUGUUUCCCACUUACGUAAACGAAAAUUAUGGGCAUUGUUUUAG